AUGUUUAAGCCCAUGAAGACAAAGACGACAAAGACGGCGCUGUCCCACCCCUCGUGUUGUCGCGACGACUGGCCGUCCCAUGCGCCGCGACUCGUGAGCUCCUCGUCGCCACUGCCUCUGUCGCUGCGUCCGUUGCUCGUGCCCACAGAGAGCGCUGCGCUGCGGCGGCUGCAGCUGCGGUACCAGAGGUACCAGGAAAAGGUCCGUGCGGUCCUCAAGAAGAGCGACGCACGUGGGGAAAUGGACGAGCGCGGAGUGAAGACGUCGAGUCUCGCGCUGGCACUCGCCGUGACGAGGCGGACGAGACACGUGGACACUGCAGAAGAAGAAGAAGAAGAAGAAGAAGAAGAGACGAAGGGGAGCGUGGAGAGGGCUGUGGAUAUCGUACAGCAGCCGUUGCGAACGGCGUCGGUGCUGUCGGAGACCAGUUGUCUCAUGCUAAAGUGGCACAAGGACUUGAAGCACGCGAGACGGGACUGGAAAGCAGUUGACAACGGGGCGAACGGACGACGGCACGAGCUGCAAAAGCUGCUGGAGCUGUCGCUCGAGGCGGACGAGACGCUGUUGGUGCAGCAAGAAGGUGCAGAAGAGCUGCUGGACGUCAAGGGACAGGAUCAUUCAGUUCACUUGAUGCAGUCGGACGGCCGUGUCGAGCGCGACGGACGGCGACAUGGGUUUGUGAAUGUGAUGGACCCGUCGUGGCUGUUGGCGUCGAUUGCACAGCGCUGUGCAAUUGACGCAGCAAGUUCAAGUACAGCUCAAGCGUCAAGUAAACGGCAGUGGAGAUGGCCCAUUCUGCAACUCGCUGACGUACGGUUGGCAGUCGUGGACCUGCUGUUUGUCUGUCGAGCAGGCGUUGGAGUGAAUCUAUUGGGACGCCCGCCGUCGUCAGUCGAAACGCAUUGCCGACGACUAAUUCAGCGCGUACAGGAAACAAUGGCAGUACAGCAAGAAGGCUUGGAGACCGCCGGCGUGGACAAUGAGCAGAUCAUGCGGAUCUUCAACGGUCUCAAGUCUGACAUGUGCAUGCCGGCUGUACGAUGUCUGGGCUGGCUCUUGACCAAAACGUGGCGUCUUCUCUUUGACGGGCUCCAUGUGAACUUGGAGUCUCUCCACCAUGUACGUCGUGAGCUGGAGACUCUCGAAGGCGACGUCAGUGUCGUGUUUGCGCCCACGCACAAGAGCCACAUGGACUACUUGAUCAUCAGCUACUUGUGCUUUGCGUAUGGCAUCCCACUGCCGCGCAUUGCUGCCGGGAACAACUUGGACUUGCCUCUCGUAGGCUCUUUCCUGCGCGCCAAUGGCAGCUUUUUCAUCCGCCGGUCGUUCCGGGACGAUCGUCUGUACAAGGAAGUGCUGGAGCAGUACGUGCACGAGCUGUUGCAUGACGGAAACCCUGUGGAAGUGUUCAUCGAGGGUGGCAGAUCGCGCCAUGGUCGCGUAUGCAAACCCCGUUUGGGUUUUAUGUCGAUGUUUCUUGAUUACGUAAAGGGCACACCUCGCUCUGCAUCGCACGACAGUGCAGCUGACAGUGAAAAGAGCACGAAGAAGACGGUUUUGGUCGUUCCAAUCUCGCUGGACUACGACAAGGUGUAUGAGGUCGAUGGAUACGUGAAUCAGCUACUGGGCAAGCCAAAGGAAAGCGAGAGUCUUGCCGUCUUGCUUCGUUCGGUUUGGGACCUCUUCUUCUUAAGACUCGGUCACGCUUAUGUGCGUUUUGGUAAGCCCGUGGCGUUGACAGAGGCUUCUUUGCUUCAGGAGACAUCCAAUCUCGUUGCCGAGCAGAUGCAGACAUCUGGCACCAUCACGUCGACUGCAAUUGUGUCGGCUUUGCUCAUGUGGAAGCGUGCGUAUGUGACGAAGGAGAUGCUCGAUGCUUGCACGGUGUGGCUUGUCAAAGAGCUGGAGCAACGCGGUGCAAGUGUGGCUCACAUCGAUGUCGUGAAUAUUGCUGCUCAUGCUGUAUCAAUCCUGAAUGUGGACACGAAACGCAACGGUGUUCUAUCGUCUCAGCUCCAGUAUCCGGUGCGAGCACUCGAGCUAGGGUUUUACCGAAACCACUUGCUGCACGUUUUUCUACCCGAGAUGGCCGUCAUUGGUGCUGUAGACACUGCUCUGCGCCAGCGUGUAAGGUGCGACGAGAGCCACUCGACUCAACGCGAAGUGGACAUUCGGGCAGUGUAUCAGCAAGCGCGAGAGAUGUGGCAGUUUCUGCGCCACAUCUGUCGUCACGAGGCCAUUGACAUCGAAAAGCACGUGACUCAAUUUUUCGCUGAAGCUGUUGCAUGUGACACUGACAAGUCCCCGGGCAAAGUGACAGUGGACGUAGACAGCUGGACGCGCUCAAAACGCACGAGCUUCGUCUUGUCACUGAACUGGUCCUUCAUGGAUUCACUGUGGCUGACCAUCCAGGGCCUCUGGUGCCUUUUACCUGCUGGAGAAGAUGACAGCAUUGAACACACUGAGUGUGAUGUCGUGCAACGCGUCCAAACUUUGGCAAAAGAGCUGUUUCGUCGCCAGCAACUGUUCCACGCUGAAGCGCUGUGCAGCGAAAGCAUCAAGCAGUCGCUGGGGUUCUUGGUCGAGAGUGGCGUCGUAUGCUCCGAGCGCUCGCAGGAUGGCAAGUCGCGUGUCAUGCGUCUCUGUACCAGUGGUGCUGACCCCGCACACGUCCUGGAAGACCUCACGCGGAAGGUGAAUGCACGCCGCAAACCCCGUGUGUUUUUGUGGUGGGAAGAUGAGCUGCCGCGCAACUUGACGCGUGAGGAGGCGCUGGAGGUCAUGACGAGCUCGCAAUCCGAUCCGACCAUUUAUGCCGAGUGGAUGGCAGUGCCCGUCGCCACGUCGACUGUGAGUUCCCAAUGA